GAGGCGGGGCGUGGGGAGAGGUCACGUGGGGAGGCGCGGGGUGGCUGCCGGGAGCUGGCUGGGCUGGGGGCCGCGGGAUCGGCGCCCGCCUCGAGUGAUGGGGCUCCCGCCCGUGUAGGGGCCAUGCCGCCCGGGCCCCGGGCCUGCCCCGCUCCGCGCCGGGAUGGUCAACCUGGCGGCCAUGGUGUGGCGCCGCCUCCUGAGGAAGAGGUGGGUGCUCGCCUUGGUCUUCGGGCUCUCGCUCGUCUACUUCCUCACUAGCACCUUCAAGCAGGAGGAGAGGGCAGUGAGAGAUCGGAAUCUCCUUCAGGUUCAAGACCAUGAUCAGCCCAUUCCAUGGAAAGUGCAAUUUAACUUGGGCAACAGCAGUCGGCCCAGCAACCAGUGCCGGAAUUCCAUCCAAGGGAAGCACCUCAUCACGGAUGAACUGGGUUAUGUUUGUGAAAGGAAGGAUUUGCUGGUGAAUGGCUGCUGUAACGUCAAUGUUCCUGGCACAAAGCAGUACUGCUGUGAUGGCUGCUUGUCCAACGGCUGCUGCAGUGCCUACGAGUACUGCGUCUCCUGCUGCCUGCAGCCCAGCAAGCAACUUCUCCUGGAGCGCUUCCUUAACCGGGCAGCUGUGGCAUUCCAGAACCUCUUCAUGGCUGUUGAAGACCACUUUGAAUUGUGUUUGGCUAAAUGCAGGACCUCAUCCCAGAGCUGUGCAGUGAUCAGAUCAUCUGUGCUUCCCAAAGCAUCGAAAAUUGGUGUGCUGUACCCUUUUAGGAGUUGGGAGAAUUUUGGCCUGGGGACAUCAAUAAGAGACUCAAUUUACUUCUGUCCAGAAACCAGCAGGGCCUCCUUGUGCCGCAGCCCCCAGGACAAGGAUUUACCUAUCACUCUUCUUUCUGAAUCAGAGCCUUUCUACAUAGCUGGCAUCUUCCAACCACCUUCUGAUUUUACUCACCAAACACAAGGCAACUGCUGGAGGUUGGGGUGGGUUGGAAAGGAGUCUGAUUUUUUUUUUUUUUUUUUUUUUUUUCUGUCUUCAGUAGACAUGAAGGUGUUUCAGUGCUGAGGAAAUGGGAUGAACUGGGAUGUCAUCCUGGCUCCUUCACUUCCUAGCAGUUGACCUAGGGCAAAUCACCUUGCAUUUCCAAGCCUCAACUGCUUCAUAUGUUCAGAGAGGAUGAUUAAUACCUACCACAAAUGUUGUUUUCAGCCCUGGGCAGGUAAAUGUCUAAUAGUUGGCUCCCUGGAAGAAAACCCUGAUUUGCAGCAUUUGCCAAUUAUCACAGUGUAAAUACUCACACCAUGGCCAAUUUCAAGCUACCAAUAUGAGGUCACCGAACACAGAGUUGGGAAAAGAUGUGCAAAUGCAGAGUGACAAAUACCAUAUAGUAUUUUCACCAUCCAGACAUAAUAGGCGUAAAUAAUCUCAAGAUAAUAGAAUAAUUCCGUCGGUUGAUCAAGUGAGGCGUUUUGAACACUUAUUUCCUUUGUUUUUAAUAGCAUUUAUGUAAUUGUAAGUUUAUUUAAUUUCUUUUAAAAAAUAAUAGCUGUGCCUCUCUGCUCUCUCAGAUUCUAUAUCUCAGCGAACAUAGGGACCCAAGGUUGAAGGAGAGGGAGAAGUCUGUAGGUAACUAAAGUACGGGAUAGCUUAUUGGGAAGUUUAGGGCCCCGAAUGUGAAGAUGAAGACUUGAAUUCAAACCCUGUUUCCCCCUCUUAGUCACAUAGCUCAUCCCCUCUGUAAAAUAAUCCUCUGGCAUAAAAUAACUAUUUUACAUUAUCUGUAAAAUAAUCCUCUUCUCUUGGGUUUAUUGCCAGGUCUAACUGAGAUAACAUGGGAAAGCUUUUAGCACAGUGCUGGGCACAUAGUAGCAGCUCAAUAAAAGGUAGCCACACUCAUUAAGAAUGAGAUAAUUGUGCUAAUGCAAAAGUGAGAACAUGGCAUUGGGAGCAUGGCAGAGGGAUUAAGCCUGGCACGUUAAAGAGCUGGGUUCAAGCCAGGUGCAAGGAAGUGGGGGUGGGAGGUGCUAUAGUCUGAACUGGAAAAUUGGGAGGGGGUUGCCUUCGCCGAUGGGCAGCUCCACCCUUAAAAGGAAAAAAAAAAAUCACAAAUAGGAACUUCGAACCUGCCGCUUAUAUUGGAUGUAAGCCUCUCUUUCUGGGAACAAGAGUCAGGAAGGCAAAUCAAUGAACUUAAAAAGUAAAAGUGGGUAAACUGAUAUGAGGCCCUGCCUGCCUUCCUCACCAGGCAGUUGUGGGGCCUCACAGACCACCGCCAUCAGCCUGGGAAAUCAUGAACGCACAGUGGUGGCAUAGGACCCACCGCAGGCAGGUCAUCAGACCAAAGCCGAGCUUGAGAAAAGAUCUGUUGCUUGGAUGAGGAACAGAUUCGGUUGCUCAACCCAACCUGUCCUUAUUGCCAGAGCCCCGGUCCAGUAUCCUCUCUGGCUCAGAUGGAAACACCAAGACAUUGGGGAGGUGACCGGCUUAUAUCCUCAGAGCUGAAACUGUGGGGAGCUGGAACUUAUGUCCAGUGUUCCCCGCCAGGAGAUGGUCUAGGCAGUGUCCCCAGGAACUUCAUGGCUCCUGUCCAGACAGAAGGAAGAGGCUGGCAAGGUGACUCCCUGCACAGGACUGUGCAGAUUCCUAAAAGCUCUGUGCCUGGGCUGCAGCCUCGCAUCCCUGCCUCGCCCUUCCAGUCUGAGCCUGAGUUUUUCUUAAACAAGAAAUUACCAGUUAUCAUUCACUCUGAAGAGACACCCGACCGGCUCGUCAGCAUGGCUGGCCACCUUUGAUCUGCCUCCAGAUGCAGCCAUUACUCACGUUGCUACCCCCCUAACUUCCUCUUUCCAAGCUGCGAAUGUAGAAACAAUAGCUGACAUUACCAAGUGCCAGGCACCUCACGUGCAGACUCUCAUUUAAUCCCCACCACAACUGAUGAGAUAGGUUUUAAUCUAUUAUCCCCAUUUUAUAGAUGAGAAAACUGAGUUCAAACAAGAGAACAGACCCACCCACAGACACCCAGCUAGUAAAUGCCUCAAGUCAGGAUUUAAACCCAGAUUUUAGAGGCUCCACAGCCCACUUGCUGCCAGUAACUCAGAAUGCCCCUCUGUUCCUCUGACAAGUGACCACUAGGGCAGGCCAGGACUGGGGUGAGGCCAGCAGGGUACAGAAUAUUAGGAGGCACCCACUGUCAGGGUCAGACCACCUGGGGCUGGGCACUGGCAUGACUCGAGAACAAGUGCCUCCUUUAAUUCUGGGCCCUAGGCACCUGCCCCAGCCCUGCCUCUAGGUAAAUGCCCAGGUUUAGUGGCUUGUUGCCCCAACCAAGGUGAGGGCUGCUCCUAGACAGGAAAAACGUUCUGGUUAAACGAGCUAUGACCAGAGUUUUUUCUCCCACUCUUACACAGGGUGGAAUUUUCAAACCCCACCCCCACCCGCCCAGAGACUCAUCCUAGGAAAGGGUGCCUAGACUGCAGGUCCCAUCCCUGGGACCCCUUAUCCAGCUUCCCUGACAGCCUGUGAGCUGGUGGCAGAGGAAGCCAGCACUUGCCUUCCCUUCCAUCUUUCACCAGGUCUCUUCCCCGCAGAAACGUCCCUUCUGGAUGAACUCAGUGGUACAGGCUCUGAGCACUGGAGUUAGACAGGGGUUUGAAUCCUGCCUUCACUUCUGACCAGCUGUGUGAUUUUGGACAAGGACUUUCUUCUCUCUGUGCCUUGGUUUCCCCAUCUGUAAAAUGGGACCAAUGAUGCAUGCUUUGCAGGGUGUAUUUGUUGCCUGCAGCUGCUCUAACAAUUAUCACCCACUGGGUGGCUGAAAACAGCAGAAGGUUAUUGUUUCACAGUUCUGGAGGCCAGAAAUUCAAAACCAAGGUGUCAGCAGGGCUGAACUCCCUCUCGAGGCUCUGGGAGUGGAUCCUUUGCUUCUCCCGCCUUCUGGUGGUACCAGGUGUUCCCCAACUGAUGGAGCAUCACCCCGACCUCCACCACCUGUCUUGCCAUGGCCUUCUUCCCUGUGUCUGUGUCCUUUUCUGUCUCUCAUAAGGACAUUCUCACUGGAUGUGGGGCCCAACCUAAUCCACCAUGGUCUCAUCUCAAUUCUAGCUUAGUUGUGUCUACAAAGGCCCUAUUUCCAAUGAAGGUCGCAUUCUAAGGUUCCAGGUGGACAUGGAUUUCGGGGAACACUGACCCCCCCCUGCACAGAAAUGGGUCUGGCCCUCAGCCCUUCCAGCAGCCUUCUCCUGAGGCUAUGCUGUCAGUGUCAUGUGUCAACUUGAUGGGGCCACAAGGUGCCCAGACAUUUGGUUAAAUACUCUCUGGAUGUGUCUGUGAGGGUGUUUAAGGAUGCGAUUAGCGUCUGGAUGGGUUGACUGAGUAAAGCAGUUAGCCCUCCCCACAGUGGGUGGGUCUCAUCCAGUCCCUCAAGGGCCUGAGUUGAUCAGAAAUGCCUAUAGGGAAUUCCACUUUCUCUGCUGAGUAUUUUUGAGCUGGGAGGCAGUCUCUUCCUGCCCCUGGACUGGAACUCCCAGCAGUGGCUCUCCCGCUGGCCCAUCGUGAGUCUUUUCAGCCUCUAUAAGUGUGUGAGCCGAUUUCUUAUCUCUUUUUCUCCUGCUCCCUCUUGAUAGAUAUAUCAGGUAUAUAGGUAUACGCAAUAACUAUAUCAUAUAUAUAUGAUAUAUGAUAUACCUAUAUAUAUAUACCUACAGUUGCCCUUAGUAUUUGUGGGGGAUUGGUGCCAGGAGCCGCAGUAGAUAGCACAAUGCAAAGAGGCUCAAAUCCUUUACAUAAAAUGGCACAGUACAGCAAGUAUCUGCAGAUGUAAAGUCCACAGAUAAGGAGCACCGACUGUACAUCUAACCCUAUAUGUGGAUUCAUCUAUAUCAUCUAUCCUACAUAUAGGAUAUCUAUUUCAUACCUCAAUCUAUUUAUGCAGAAUUAUCUAUAUAGAUACAAUUAUAUAGAGACACAUGUCUGCAUAUGGACAGUUCUGUUUGUUUCUCUGGAGAACCAUGACUAAGACAGAGGCUUUUCCUUUCCCCUUGGAAAGAGGAAAGAAGCUUCCAAGAGCCGUGUGAGUCCUCAGGCUCGCCUCUCUGGCUUCUGAGUAAGUGUGGGGGAGGAAGAAGCUGCCCAGACCGCCCCCCCCCCCGCCCCCCGCGCCCCAUCUGAACUGUACUUUCCGUGGAAAUAAACUUUCCCAGGGAGCCUCCCUGCCCCCGGCUAUGCUUCACCCAGAGCCUGAGUCAAAACCACGUGGGUCAGAAUGGGAAAGACACCUUCGUGGGGGCCUGGAUCCUGGAGCUGUGCAUCCAGUUGUCACAUGCCCAUCGGGAAGCCAUGACGAUGGCAGUUUGCAAGGGGAAGAGCUGGGGGUCAGAGGAGAGGAGCCCAGGGGCACAUGGCUUUUCCUGGGCCAAGUGUUUGAAGGUUAAGAUGAACAUGCUGCACCGCAGCCGUGGGCACUGGCUUUUUGAGAGGAGACACGCUUUGUGCUGGGCCAGACCUGAUGAUGUGCCUUCACUUGCUUUGUCCCAAGCCACCUUGUGAAGUGGCAGUCACCCCCAGUCUGCAAACAGGGCUCAGGGAGGCUCCAAGAAGGGCUGUCCUGACUCAGGGGAUCGUGCAGCCAGCAGAGUCAAACCUGAGCCUGCCCAUCCCCGAAGCCCUCCCCCUCCCUCUCACCACUCCUCUCCCAGGUCACACUUCUCUUAUCUUCCCCGAUCCUUCCCGGCUGGGGCAGGUGCGCUGUGGGGAGGGGGGGCAGGGCAGGUGGGCCCUUCCUUCCUUCCUCUGGUCUUCAUUCUUCAGAGUGAGAAAGAGCCUGGGUGUUUGAGUGAGUGAAUAUGUGUGACCGGGGUCUGGGUUUGCGUGUGCGUGUGUGCGUGUGUGUGGCUUUACAGAUGAGCAGGGAAGGGAUGGAUGGGAAUAGACAUUCCUCGGAGGCUGGGCCCAGCCAGGGGGGCACCCCCACCCCCACCACCCCCCACCCCGCUCCUCCCUCCCCUCCCACAGCCUCUCCUCUCUCUUUCCUCCCCUGGCCCUUCCCCGAGGAUUCUGUCAGGCAGCCUGGGACAGAUGAAAAGAGCGACGAUAGGGCGGGCACAUCGCAGGGGGGUCAGCAGGGGCUAAGCGGGUCAGGGCCCUCGUCGCUGCCUCCCCAGGUUCCUGAACGCCAAGGAUUACGGCUUCAACGUCUGCUGUUUAAUCAGCUGGUAGCAAUUUAACCAUUACACCCCAGUGAGAGAAUCCUAGACAUUUCCUACAGGAGGGGGAGAGGGGAAGACUAAGAUGGGAGGAAUGCAGGAAGGCGGGGGAAAGGAGACACAAAACAGCUUUAUUAAAAAGAAAAAGAGGAGAAGAAAAGGAAUGUGAUCUGUAAUUGUAUCUCAGUUUGAAAUAAGCUCCCCGAGCUGGGUGGGGAAGCAGACCCCAGGAGACGCUGGAAGGGGGAAGCUGCAGGGCUGAAAUGGGGAAGGUGGGUGCCGAUGGGGGGCGGGGGACAUUGGAGGAGCUCAGCUGUGGGAUAUGGGAAGGAGUUUGGUCUCCCCGGUUGAGGGGCGGUCUCAAAUCCCAAGGAAGGCCCUGCCCUUUGCAAGCCAUGCUGGAUCUGGCCCGGCUGAAAGUGGAAACUGCAGAGCAGUUAGGCAAGAAUUGAUUCACUUUGCGCCACUGGCUUAUCUGUAAAGUGCUUGGAAAAUGAGAUUGGCAGGCGAGGUGAGAUUCUUUAUCAAAUGCACCUUCUUUCUGUAAAAAAAAAUAAAACAAAAAUCUUCUCCUGCUCACUCCCUUUUUUUCCGGGCCCUGAUGUGCCUUAAGUGCUCAUACCUGCAUCCAGGUGACUCUGUCAUCUGUUACUACACUUGGCUCCCAUGCCAGGCAGAAAGGACCCUACUUUGUGUGGCUUGAUGCAGAGCCCUGGGGAAUGGUUGUCGGGGGUGGUGGUGGGGAACUUGGAAGAAAACCAGGAUGGCAUUUAGGGCAUGGAAAGAGUGCCGCCUUGAAGUCUGUCUUGGUUGUCUGUCCUUGGUUGGCUGAGUUAACUGGGGCGAGUCGCUAAGCCUCUCUGAACCUCAGUACUUCACUUUUGAUUUACAGAGGCCAGCACACUUUUUCUGCAAAGGAUCAAAUAGUAAAUAUCUUUGCAGGCCAUGUAGUCUCUGUGGCAACUAUUCAACUUUGUCACCGUAGCGUGAAAGCGGCCAUGGACAUCCACAAAUGAACAAGCAUAGCUGUGUCCAGUACAACUUUAUUUACAAAAACAGGCAGCUGGCCCACAGGCUGUAGUUUGCUUAACCAUAAUCUACAAAAUAGAAAUGAUGAUGCUCCUGGGGCUUCAUUAAUUAAAUUAAACACAGUGGCGUGUGAUAGCACAUGGUCAGGGUCCAAAACACAUUGGCUGAUUGUCAUCCAGAUGGAGUGAGCAAGACAGCUGAGGCUUCUCUGACCAACAAACUUUCUACCAGCUUUCCAUCAUUUCACGUUAGGCACAGGCAGAUGCUGUGAUUAAGUCAGUGAAGAAGCCACUAGUGGAAAUUUAAAGGGACAAGGGCCUGGACAUUGAAGAGCUAGGCUUUGCAGGGUGAAUAGGAGUUUUCAGAGAGAGGAUAUGGGGCAUAAAGGGAAAGUAAUGACCUUCCUGCUCAGGGGAAACAUACAUGUAUACAUAGACACAAAGGCAGGAGGGUCCAGGAUGGGCCAUGGGUAUGGAGAGGGUGUGGGAGAGAAAGAGGAAGGAGAAAGAGAGGUGUUAUACCAGGGCCCUCCCUGUGCCCUACUUUGGGAUUGUUCCAGGCUGGAGCAGGUAUUUGAGGCCCAACAAUCAAAGGGCUUCUCGGCUCUGCCCUCUGACCUUCCCUCUGCCCUUCUUCUCAAUGCCUUACAGCCCCAAGUGACUCUUCACUGCUUCCAGGCAGAGAGGCUGUAGGGCGUCAUGCUAAAAGCAUGGACAUUGGAGUAACUGAUGUGGUCUCAAAUGCCCCAUUUGAACAUUUGUUUGCUCUGUGGUCUUCAGUAAAUGCCUUCACCUCUCUGGGCCUCCAUUUUCUCAUCUGCAAAAUGGGGGUUAGGAUCUCACCUACCCAACAGGUGUCCUAUUGGAGGAUUUCAUGGGAUGAUGGGAUGAGGAAAGGCAGUGCUUAAUACAGGGCUUUCCUGUCACAUAGUAAGCACUUAAUAAACAGAAGCUAUUAGUAUUAUUACCAUUAGUACUAUAAUAUUUUAUAGUUAUAAUUACUACCAUUAUUAUUAUUCUCUCUUGUGCCCCUCAGCCCUCGCUGCCAAAGGGUCUUAACAAGCUAUGGGGACACAUUGGUGCCCAAGUCUGAGAGGCCUCAGCCCUUCACUCUGCCACAGGACAGGGAUUUUGAGCACUUCAAAAGCAUCCAGUGUGACCCCCUCAGUGUUAGGUCGGGGAACUGGGAGACUGAGUACCAAGCGUGGCAGCCACAUCACUUCCUCUAUCCCUUAUGGCACUUCUGUAUGAUUCGCUUUCCCAGCCCCUUUUCCUAGAGGAGGAAACUGAAGUUUAGUGAGAGAUUAAGUGACUUCCUCAAAUUCAAAUGAUAUUAUUAUAAAUGAUAUUAUAGCGUUGGCAGUAUGGGGUUUGAAACGAAGAUGGCAUCCCAAAUCCCGGGCGCUUUCAGUGUCACACGACAGCGCCCCACCUCCUGAGAACCAGCCUAUGCAAGCAUCAAACCCGCCACCUUGGUAGGGUGACCAGUCAUCCAGCUUUAUCCAGAGCUGAGAAGGGUCCCAGACACCAGACUUUCAGGGUUAAAACAGGGCGGAGGCCCUAGGCAAACACAGGGUCCCUCUACAUCUUGGUGUUAUGGACACCGGGCCCUUAGGCCAUCAGUCUCCCAGGUCUGCCUUCAAAUGAGUUGGCUUCCUGCCCUGCAUUCGGACCCCCUUUCCUCUGUGCAGCACUGGGUGUGGAUAGAGCCUCCAACGGCCAUGGCUGCGAAUCCCCGUCGAUUUUCCAAAGUGAGCCUUUGUGAAAUCACCUUAGGGCACAACGUCCUAAAAUUAAAGCAUUAGUUAAAAUACAUAAAACAUGAAACAGCGAAAGCAAUGGAAACAGCUGAAAUAGUAUAAUAAAACAUGUCAUUACAGCAGAUUAGGAUGAAAAAUAGUUCUUGCAUUAUGCCCCGAAGGUUGGCAAACUGGGGCUUCGUAAAUAUGUCAAGAAAUGUACACACAAACGCACACGCAGAGAUAUUUAUAUACGAACUCGCAGAAGCAGUGGAAACAGCUGAAAUGGUAGAAUGAUGUGCUUUUCGAGGGUAUAGUGUGUGUUCUUGCCUCAGUUUAUAUAACAUGAUCAGAUACAUAUUGAGGAGAGGGGCAGAGAUUCUGGAAUCUGCAGUGUCGUCAGGCUCUGCAAGUUUCCAUCAAGAGUUCUCUGGGAAGUUAAAAGCAAUCUGCACAAGAUCAGCUUUCGGACCCCCGCGCCUUCGCCUAUCAGAGGUCUCCCUGGAUGGUUACCUCGGUGUGUGCGGCUCUCCUGCUCUGGUCCCACAUGACCCCACAUUCCUGCUGCUAAUGGGUUCACAGUCUGUUUUGACAUAUGAGGGGUGGGGGGUGGGAGAGGUAGAAUUUCUAACAAGGAAGUGGCAAGCCAGCUUCUGCCCCUCUAUUACUCCAACCGGGAUUGACUGAUAUUCACACUUGGGGCCCAGGGGAGGGGACAUAGCUGGGUGACCAGUCAUCCCUGUUUGCCUGAGGAAUGUCCCAGCUCAAAGACUAAAACCCCUCAGUCCCAGGUAAACCAAGAUAACUCAUCCCCUAACAUCAAGUCCCAGUCCUGUGGCUCCUUCAGUGUCCAGCUUCCUUCUAUUAUGUUGUUAAACCAAAGAUGGACAAAGCCAGUGAAAUCACCUCGACCCAUUCCUGAGUCAUCCUUCCCCCACUGGAUGCAAAAAGGAACACAUAACUCAGGUUAUACAAAUUAGCAGAAAGCUAUGAACUGUUGCGGUGCCACCAAAGUCCCACUGCCCAGCGAUGAUCAGCAAAUAAGUAAAUUGCUUCUGGGUUGAUCUUUCCAGAGGGUCUUAGUGUCUGUUUUAUUUAACCACGGCAUCUGUGAUAGCAAGGCUCUCUUGGAGUGAUAAAUUGUGUCCAUAUUUACUCUUUUCCUAAAGCUAAUUGUUGGGGGGGGGGGGUUGUGUUUUAAAUACCUUUUUGAUGUGCUAAGAGCUCCCCGUGAGGUAAAUAAACAGACCGUUAGGUUUCGCCCAGAAGUGUCUGCAGAAGCACCAUCUCCUAAUUCGCAGUAGUUAAUGGACAUUAACCUCUCCAGCUCCCUCUCUCCACUCACACCCUCAUCCUAUAAUCAUUGUCAUUACUUAUAAUAACAUUUUACACUUGUAGGUCAGCUUUCCUUUCUAAGUGCCCGAGUCCGCCUAAUGAGUAGCUUUUGAAUCUAAAUAAUGAAGUAUUUGCCCUUCUCAGGUUUCCACGUCUAGGGCCAAGAACACUUUCCCCGCCCCGCCCCCCACCUUUGGUUGGAGCCUGUGCACGAGUGCAAGGACACACACAUUCACACCCAAAGGCACAGGCACUCACACAGGCAUACACGCACACCCUCGAGCAUUUACACACACACACACACACACACACCCUCUGAAUUACCAACAGGAACUAAUAUCACUUGUCCUUUCCUUAACUUCCACAUGCAGGUAAUCACGAUAGCCACCACUUCUGGAGCGCUUAAAGCCUAGCGGGCUACUGUGCUAAAUAAAGCAUGCACAUCAUUUUUACAGUAACCCUUUGAAGUAGGUAAUCAGCCCAUUCUACAGACAGGGAAGCUGAGGGUCCCAGAGGUGCAGUGACUUCUCAGGUUCACACGGCUAAUAAAUUACAAAGCACCAUUCCAACCCCUGUGACUGUCACCAGGACCCACACUCUUAAGCCACCAAUGACCCAAAUGACCCCAGCCAAUUCACACCCUUCAAAUGCCCUUGACCUCUGUCCUUGGGCAAACCCUGGUGGGAGAAAAGUCCAGGGACCCCCAUCUUCUGAGUAGCAUUUUGCAGCUACAGACCACUAGAGACAGUUUGCCCAAUUACAGGGGCCAGAAAUAGCGCCAUCCUUUCUGGACCCAGCAUGGCGUUGUUUCAGGCUGGACCUGGAGUUGCCAUCUCCCAGAGGAGGCUGAACUGAGCCUGGCUGGACCCUACUGUGCCUUGAGGCCCCAACCCAGUCCCCUGCCUCCCCUUCUGGAAGGAUAUAGCACUUUUCCUUCUUCCCAGCCAGGAAGGAGGAGAAUGUCUGUGGUCUGUGUCACAGCUGCCACCACAAGGCAAGGGCCUCCGAGAGACAGAAGCCCUAAGGAGACAAGACUGUGGCAAGGAGGAAAAGAACCCGUCCCCUCGGCAUCCUUUCUGUUGGCAGCUUGAAGCUAUUUAAAGCGUCAAACGUCCCCCAUUUGGUUUUGAGGCAAACGCCACUUGGCUGGGGAGGGGCCCCAUUUUCAGCAAGUGUUCUAGCAGAAUGCCAGAGACCAAAAUUAUAUGCCUUCCCCUCACAGCUUAAAAAGCAGCCUUCAAGGGGGUUUUGCCCAUGUAUAAUUCAAGAAGCGCCGAAGCUGGAAACUGCAAACUCGGUUAGAUUUUCCUUCCCCGGGAGGAUCUUUGUCUCAAGCCACAAUUGUUUAAAAUUGCAGUGUCGCGUGCGUGGAAGGGAAUGGCGCUGACCCCUUGUUCAGGUGACACUUGUCAGGCCCUUCUCAUUGAGGAGCUGCAAGGAGACACACAGCGGAAAACCUGAGUGGCUUUGGUCUGCUUCCAAAGUUCUUUUUCUCUCUUUUUCUUUGUCUUUUUCAAGAACACAGAAGCAUGAAGCAAAUAGCAACCCUCCCUGCUGGAGUUUGGUGCUCAGUGUCUCAGAGGCCCUGAGGACAUCUUGUUGCCUGGGGGUGGCAGCUUAAUGCCCAGAGACUUUCAAACGACCAGCCUGAGCAUGUCACCCAGCUCCCACCCAAAUUAACAGGCAACCAAGAGGCCAGGACACUGGGGUCCUCCUACAGAUUGCUUCCCCCUUAUGGACCUUGAAGGAGCUGGCCCUGAAUGUAAUCAUAAUUUCCUCUGUCAAAGGACAUGAUCAGGAGUUCCCAUCAUGGCUCAGUGGUUAACAAAUACGACUAGGAACCAUAAGAUUGCAGGUUCGAUCCCUGGCCUCACUCAGUGGG